AUGAUCGUCGAUAGUCGAAGAGAAGCCCCCUUCGCUCCGCUGCGCUUGACGCGGACACAGCGCCAACACUGCCAAGACAUCACCUUCCAGCUGCUGGACCGCACCCUGCGCAACUACGACGAGAGGAGCGACAGCGUAGACGGACAUGUGGGUACACCGAGACACCACGCGAACCUCGACCGGGGCCGCUGGAAGCAGCUCAAGACGCAGACAAACGCGUCCCUAUACGCUGAGAGAGCGAGUCGCUCGUGGCGCGACCUGAACCUCGCCGUCGAGAGCGCGAACCAUGACAAGAGGGGCACGCUGCUGGCGGUUGGGACCAUCGACGGGAGUCUGGACGACGUGAUGUUCGGCCUGGAGACGCCCGACUUCGCUACCGUGAAAAUUCGAUCCGAGACACUCGCCAAUCGCCCACUGGAUGGCGCCAUCCUCGAGCAGCUCGUGGGCCCCACAGAGACCGAUCCGUUCCAAUUCAUGGGUAUCACGUGGAUGGUGGGCAAGGAGAGCUGGCCGCUGAAUUUGGUGAAACACCCUCGAGACUUCGUGGUCGUCUCGGCGACUGGCGUCAUGACCCACACGAACGGUGAACUCAUCGGGUAUGAAGUAGUCCAGUCCAUAGACUUGCCGCAGUGCCCCGCACUCCCGAAGCCGAUGGUGCGCGGUAACCUCAAGUACGCCGCCAUCUACAGACAAAAGGAAGACGGCAUGGUCGACGCCUUCAUCCAGAUGUACGCGGAGAGCCAAUGGCUCAUGUUCGACAAGCUCGCGGUGGCUGGGCUCUGGGAGUCGGCGCUCGGCUUCUGGAAGACGCCGCGCUUGUCUGAGGCCAAGAAGCUGCAAGAACCCCGAACUCGCGGCGCCGCAGCACGCACCUCAGCGACCACAACACGUGCGCGCUGUGCGCUGCCCAAAUAUGCUCACGCUGCAGGGUGA